AUGGCCCAGCAAGACCUUCACAAAUUACAUUCUAAUUUCGAGGAAGUUGAAGUUCGAUUAGCAUCCAUUAUUGAAUCGUUUGUUGAAUUGGGGGUGUCGGUUUAUGAUUUCCCGGGGACUCAAGAAUCCACACAGGGUAUGGUCACUAACCUAAAAAGAAAUGUAGAAAGGAUCAAGCAAUUGAAUCAACAAUCAAAUGAUCCUGAAUCGCAAUUAAAUAACAUCAGUAUUCCAUUGGAGGUUUUGCAAUACAUAGAGGAUGGUCGUAAUCCCGAUGUUUAUACAAGAGAAUUUGUUGAAGCUAUCCGUCGAUCCAACCAGUACCAAAGAGCAAAGAUGCAUGCACUAGGGAAACUUAGAGAUUCCUUGGCUGAAAAGAUUGCAGAAGAAUUCCCUGACCUUGAAUCUCAUGUUAAAGGUAUUAUUGAAAGGGUUACUGGUAGUAGUGGUAAAUAA